AUGCACGUGUACGCUCUUAUGGUGGCAGCCGCCGCGGUCGUGGUCCCCGCUAUAGCUGACAGCAGCACCUAUCAGGGGCCUGUUGUUAACACAACAUCGACCACCAGCUCCAGCAGCCAAACCGUCCCCAGCAGUGGCUCAUCGUCUUCGCCAUUACCCACUGUGGAGCUCGACUAUACUACCGUUCAAGCUGUCGGGGGUAACGCCACCAUCGGAUACUUCAAGUACCAGAACAUCCGAUUCGCCAAGGCACCGACGGGCGAUCUCCGUUUCUCCGCACCCGAGUGGCCAGACAUUGAAACUGCGAUCAACACGGGCAACCUGGCUGAGGCCGACGUAAGCUGUAAAACUUCCGAAGACUGCUUGUACCUGGAUGUGUGGGCACCAGCUGAUGCAGCUGGCCGGAAUCUUCCUGUCAUGGUGUGGACGUACGGUGGUGGAUUCACGGGCGGAUCCAAGUCGGGAGUGACCCCCGAGGGCCUCUUCGAUCUCUCAACCGACUUUGUAUAUGUCGCGUACAAUUACCGCGUUGGCAUUGCGGGUCUUGCAAACGGCCCGACGUACCAACAUGAAGGCGGUGUGGCCAACCUGUGCGUCUGGGAUUCGCAGCACGCCUUCGAAUGGGUGCAGAAGUACAUCAGCAACUUCGGCGGCAACCCGAACGACGUGACGGCCGUCGGGUUUUCGGCUGGUGGCUCUCAAGUGAUGUUUCAGAUGACUCGCUUUGGCGGCAGGGCUCCCCAGUUGUUCCACAAAGCGUACAUCAUGUCACCGGGUUACGUCCCAGGCGCUGGUCAUCACCAUGCUGAGCAGUUCUGGCAGAACGUGUCGUCUUCCCUGGGUUGCAACGGUGGCCACCUCGACUGCAUGCGCGAGAUUUCGUACGACGCAUUAGUCAAUGCCUCCAACACCAUCGUGGACAACUACACGUACCAAAUGCAACCACGCGUGGAUGGCUUUAUCAUCCCAGACACAUACGAGGCAAACCUGUAUCAGGGCCACUUCAACUUCUCUGGACCGUGCGUCAUUUCACACGCACUACACGAGGCCAAUAGCAGAGCGUACUCGGGCGUCAACACACAAGAGGACGUGUCCACGUAUGUUCGCAUCUUCUUCCCAGGUAUUUCGGACGAUGCUGUGGAGACACUCUUGGAGUUGUACCCCGAGGAGGACUACGAAAGCGCUGGUCUACGAUUCGCCGACAUGAAACAGUCAUUUGACUUGACAGACAAGAACAUCGCACUAACGCAUGCCCUCAAUAACGAGACCUGGAACGCCCAGGUCGCGCUUGGAGCCGCCUCGCACGGUGCUGACCAGAACUACUACUGGUACAGCACGUACACUCUCAACACGUCGUCGAACAGCUCGUCGGAAGCGGAGACUACGGACGCAACAGAAGCUGCCGGCGUCGGUGCCGUCACAACGGCGGUGAACGCGACCAUCGCCGUUUCCAUGCAAAAGUAUCUCGUGUCGUUCGUGCUCACCGGCAACCCCAACUCGGUAUGGUCCGAGGACAAGAUUUACUGGCCAAUGUUUAAUGAGUCGAGCGUGGGAGCGCAGAUCGUGCUCAACGACACAUUCAGUGUAGCGGACGACAGCCUGGCCAAUGCCAAGAGCCUGUUCUGGAAUAAGGCGCUGUGGUAUUAA